CCAUGUAACAUAUUUUUUGGUGACAUUUCCAACACUGCUCCAGAUAAAGAAUUGGAAAAUGAGGUGAGAUGUCAAAACUGAAAUUUUACUGUGCAACAGCUGUGUAUUAACUGAUUUUGAUAAGGGAAAAAGUCCAUGCAUUUUUGUGCAGUUAUGAUAUUUUAAAAACAGUUUCACAUGUUUAUUUAUAACAGGUUAUUAAUGUGUACCUUACACUCCUGGUCAGAAAAUAUAAUCAAGACAAUACUGACAAGCCCUUUGUCAUUGACACAUUUGAAAUGACAAGCAUAUGGCAGCAGAACAAACCAAAACUUAGGGUAAGAAAUGUCCUUUUCUAACCAUAAUUUGCAGGUCCUUCACAAAAACAUAUUAAGACUUUGAUUUCUCACAAAUAACUUCUGUUACAUUGUCUUACAGAUUGACCCAAAAUCAUAUAAAUAUAUCCUGGGAAUAGUAAAUGAAAGAAACCAUUGGAUGCUUGUGGUCCUGUUCUUCAAAAUUAGAUUUGUCUGCCUCUUAAAAGUACUUAGCCAAAACUAUUUGUUAUCUACAUUUCUUUUUUAAAUUCAUAUUGUAUCUUCAAAUAUGAACGUUCUGAUACCAGGAGAAAAGAGAAGUAUUUUCUUUGACUCAUUAGUUGAGAGUAAAAUGAAAACCAAGCAUUGCCAAGACAUUUCCAGAUGAACAUUCUUGUAUUACCGUUUACAAUUGUCCAAAACGUGCAGUGGAAGGUAAUAGGUUUGCAUCAUGGAUAAUUGUGAACUUAUUGAUCACCUAAUUCAUUUCAUUUGUUUAACUAUACAUGUCUUUUAGAUCAUUCAUGAGACUCAGUGGGCUAAAUGUAUCUCAAUGGGCAUGUGAUACCGUUACUCACCCUGGUCAACAAGACUCCACCUCAUGUGGUGUGUACGCACUUAUGGCGCCGCUAGUUGGAAGACACUGGAGAUCGUGACGGGUGCGGCUCGUUAUUUCAUCAACCGGGGAGCUUUAAGAGGAUGGAUUGCCAGCACUUCGUUGCCUGAGUGUUUUGCCCUCAGCGGUAUUUCAAUCUGAUCUGCUCUUGCCUUGAGCCUGUUUCCUGAGAAUAACCUCGUGUUAAUUCUUCCCUUCUCUUGCCUGUUCUAGGUUCUGGCCACAGACCGGAACCAAGCAAUCCUGAACCUUCGACCAGCAGUGUGGAAUUGUUUCCCUGACUUUGGACUGAAUCUAGCUGGCAAUCCUUAGACCCUCUGGAGCUCCUGCCUGCAGUUCGAACCCUGUCCACCCCCCAGCGUUUGCUUCAGUCUGGAUCAACGUCUCUAGCUUCAGUGGUGCCGUAGGCAGUCGUACCAUUCAUCCCAGACUCUGACUCUCCCUGGCGGUUUCCCCUGCCCUACUAGCAACCACAAUAUUGAGGCAACUUAAUGGAGAAAAAUAAAGGAAUCUCUUUAAGAUGACACGUACAGACCCACCUGAUAUACUGGUAUCAACUGUGCAUCAAGACAUAAAAGUGAUUCCUAUAACUUCCCACUACAAGUCCUUGCAACCCUCCGAACAAUGUGAUUUUAUUAAUUACACAGCACUGAAGGACAGUAAGACUAAAGUUAGUAAGAGGCACUGUCGGACCGUUGACUACAAGUCUUUGGAGUACCCCAAAUCGCACAAGUACUCAAUGGAGUCCCCAUACAGAAAAGGUGAUAGGGUUGCAGCCAACCCAGAUGCUGCCUGGAAUGCCCUGGGCCGCCACCAGAAAUACCGUUUUUCUGCUCCAGACAUUUUCAGUCAUAGAUUAGCUCCUCAAUCAGUGGUUGCAGAUAGGGCGAGUGAAGUACUUGUCCCUGAAAAUAAAAGAAGGACUAGGUCAAAAAGUGCCUCUCGAAUUCAGACCGGCCUCACUCCUGUGGCUUUGGAAGGAUCCUCGUCAUCAGGAAGGAAAGGAAGAGAGUCCCAAAGAGCUCCACGAGACUCUCACUGGAGAGCUGACGCAUCACCGUGUAGAGAGUCAUCUUAUGCAGCAACAAGGACUCAUAUGCAUGAUGUACAUCCCAUUAAGUUACAGCCUCAAAUUGGCGACAGCAGUAGAUAUUCACCACACUAUGCUUCUGAUAAAUUUGAGGACGGAAGUCUCGAUAAAUUGGCAACUAGCCCCCAUGUUAGGUGUCGAGUGGACAUUAAGCCUGAUGAUGCAGCAUUACAUCUUUCAGGUCAGAAACAGACAACACCUGCAAUGGACAUACCCUGGCAGAGGCAACACAGUACUGGGAGGAGUCUGACUGUGCCGCGCCAUUUUUCCUACUCCAGAACUCCAACUCCCACUGAUUCAAUGGGUGCAGAAAGUAGGCAGGUUUAUCAAUACUCCCGCAGCAUGCCAAACAGUUACCAACAACACAUGGAGCUUCCUUUACAAAGAAUGCCUUCUUCUGGUGAUUAUUAUGGUAGAGAACACAGAUCUCAUUCCAGUCCUAAUGUGCCAACCAAAUUCUUUUAUGCAGAUGAUGCAGCUAGAUAUGUCACUGCUCAAGCUCCAAAACCAGCUUCUUUUUUUCACGAUGAGCGUUACACACCAGGUAAAGCAUAUACCCCCAAAGUGCAAUAUGUGCAAGAUCCACGGACUCGAAUAGUGCAUGCUGUAGCUACUAGACCAUAUUAUUCUGAAAUGGAGACCUACCCGUACGCUGUGCAGACAGGGUACCCCAAAUCAUAUGCAGCAAAUGAACCAGGGCCAUACAUCAUAAGUACACCCCCCACAAGUAUAUUGUAUGGGGAUGAUCCAAGAACGUUUCAAAUUCAGACUGCACCACCAAGAUUUUAUUAUUCCAGUGACAUGUAUGCAGUGCCUCCAGAGCACCAUGUCCCAGCAAGGGCAUACUAUACUGAAGGGCGAAGACAUGCUAGAGUCAUUCAACCACAAAGCGAUGACUGGUAUGGCUCUGAUGCAUCUGGUUAUUCUACCAAUCCAGCCUCUUACAUAUCUCAGAUCACUCCAACCAGAGUCCGGCAAGAGCCUGUGCUGACUACAUGGUAUACCAACCCAUGUGUAGAACCUCAAAAAAUAGGUACAGAUUCCAAAUCUUAUUCAAGGUCUUGGGACAAUAUUCUCAACCCACGUGUAGAAAGAGAACAACCUCUUCCUGUACAGCGAGGUCAGAGCUAUGAUGAUCUUCUGGACUCUAGAAAGCCUUCAACAGCCACAGGUGAAAAACCAAAACCAGUGGUAGUCAAUCUUUCUAGUUCACCAAGACGUUACGCAGCCUUAUCCGUGUCUGAUAACUCACUUAUUGACAAAAGCCCCACAGAGGUAUCAAAAAGUCCCACAAGUAAACUCUGGUUUGUCACUCCUGAGAUAACAAUCACUGAUAAUGACAUUAGACAAGCAAAUCUUAAGAAGGCUGAAGGACGAUCUGCAAGUUGGGACAUUCUUGACUCCAGAAAUGCUAAGGGUCUAGAACUGCAUGAUUUUGAAAGCUCAACCAAAGAAAAGACCCAUGAUAAUGCCUCACUUCAGCAAAGCCUUGAGCAGCUUGAUGAGCUCCUAGCAGAUCUUGUGACUGAUUACAAGCCGCCGAGCAGACGAACAAGUGAGGAGAUUUUAGACCAGUUAAAGAAGUUAAUUGAUGAGGAAGAAGCAGUAUCUCUGUCCAGAAAAUGCUCAAAGGCACAUACAGAAGAACCACCACCUCUGGACAAGCAGCCAACGUCAAUCAAAAUGAAUCCUGAUGUUUUUCAUGAGAUGGAUGGUGCAAGUGAUGCAAUGAAAACUGCAGAGGAGUGCUCUCCAGAUCAAAGCCCAGAUGAGGAUGAUACAAUGAUGUGCUCUAACAAUAAGUGCCGAAGAACAGAGACCUUAUUCAAUGCUUGUCUUUAUUUUAAAUCCUGUCACAGCUGUUACACCUACUACUGCUCUCGAAACUGUCGUAGAGAGGAUUGGGACAUACAUAAAGAAAGUUGCUUGUAUGGAAGAAUUGGAAGUAUGUGCCGCCAUAUUAUAAAACACUGCCGGGAGACUGCUGAAGUCCACAAAGCUUUCUCCCGUAUUGCCAAGGUUGGCUACCUUUCUCGAGGUAGGGGCAUUCUUUUCCUUGGUUUUCCAAACCCUUCUUCAUCUAGUAGCUUCCUGCAGCAUGGCCUGAAUAGCUUACCAAUGUCUCCUACAUACCUGUCUCUUCGGGAGCUGGAAAGCUUCAAGGACAACCUGGGUGAAUAUUGUAAUGAGCUCCAGGAAGCUGGGAAAGAGUAUGACCCAAACGAGUGUUUCAUCUUGAAUGUAUCCAUUGCUGUGGGAGAGCAGCUGCCUGAUGGGCCAUCGCCAAGGAAUCAAGCUCCAACAGUUAGAAAAUUUGCAAAAAUUGCAUUGGCUUCCUUUAGUCCCGAGAGAAAGGUUUACAAGAAAGAAAGUGACAUGGAAACACUGAUCCUUACACCACCCCCUGGAACAGCAGAUAUUGACAUGGAAGGAGAAGAAGGUCGGAAGGCACGGGAAAUCUGUUUUAUUAAUAUACAACGGGAGCUGAGAAUGAGAGGAGUUUUUCUACGACAUGAAUAUCCAAACGUGUAUCAGCAGCUCUGUGAAUUUGUGGAAAGCAACAAAAGGUUCACACCCACAACUAUUUAUCCAAUUGAUAAGAGGACUGGUAAACAGUUUAUGUGCAUGAUCAUGGCUGCCUCUGAGCCCAGAACGUUAGACUGGGUUGGCACACCACAUCUGCUUGACGACAUCAUUUAAGCGGACCUUUUGUUGAAGUCAGAUCUGUAUAGAAAUACAUAAAAAUUGUUGCACAUAUUUCUAUUGGUCCAACUGUAAACAGUUGUGUAUAGUGCAACUGUAGAAAUUUGUUAGCAGAAUUACAUACAUUUAUAGCUGCUUGGUCAGUAUUAUUUGUUAUCAAAAUAUGUCUUAUCAGGUGUAAAAGUACAUUAUAUUAGGUAUUUAUUUUAAUCCUAAAGAAAAUGCUGAAGUCCACCACACGUCAUUUUCCUGGUUCUAAACUGUUACAAGACAUUCCCUUUGGCUGGGAUUACCUAAGCUGACAUGUAUUUUUUGUAUUAUCUCAGAUAAAUAAAUGCUGAUUAUUAUUUUAUCCUGAGCCUUUUACAUAACUCUGCAUCUGUGAGUACAACAUAAAUAUUUUCAUAUCUAACUUUAAUGGUGUGACAUGCUGGAAAUAAGAAACAUUAUUUUCUUAGCAACGCAAAUACUUUCUAUGCAAAGUUAUUUCACCAAUCAAGUAUCACAUUCCUGCAGGUGUAGCAUCUGCUAUAAAAUAUAUAAAAAAUAUACAUUACUAUCUAAUACAUCUGUAAAGAAAUGAUAGAAACUGGUGUAAAAAGUAAACCUUUCGAUGGCAUUGUAAAUUCUUAUCCUAAGACAUAAAUGAUGACUAAAAAAGACAAUUCUUGCGCUGCUUAAAAUAUCUGUUAGAAUGGGCACAAACAUUUAUAUUCAUUAGAAAAAAGUAUUCUUUUGAUAAUGAAAAUGAAUGAAAUCUUCUGUCUAAAGAAAAGCUCUUAGAAAAUCUCAUAACAGUUAUCUUUUUUUCUUUUCUUGCUCUGCAGAAUUAGUAGAGCAUUGCCGGACUUGAAAACCUUCAGAAUGGAUGUUAAAAUGGUGCCAGUUACAAGCCCCACUAGAGGUGUUCGCCUGUACUCUUCAGUUUAAACACUGUGAAUAUUGAAAGUUAUCUAAUACAAAAACUCAACUUGGUCAAAUACCAACAUAUAAUGCAACGUCUUUAAAAUACAAUUUUAUGAGUUGUCUUUUUAGAUAUUUUCACAAAUGAAUCAAUAGGAGUUAUUGUCCUUUGAACAAAGUGAGCCAGAUUUUGGCAUGGUAGCUGUAUGGUAGGAUCCUAAAAUAGGAACAGAAUAAGUUAGCUGUGUAUUUGUGCUGAACUAGGGUUAUUACUUGUAUAAUGUCUUUUUGGUUUUCGCAAAUCAGAGUUAUUACCUUGCUUAUUAGAUACAAAAAAUUUAGAAUGUUUAUUGAUACCACUUAGCCAUACUGCCUCAUUCUUUUUUAAGGUUUACUAUAUCCUUUGACCAUGUAUUUGUAGCAUCCUAAACCUUACUUUUCCUAACAGCACACCUUUAAAACUUAGAGGUGAAUAAAACAAAUGGGUGUGGGUUGAAUUUAUUGUAUGUUUGAAUGCUUAUAUUCCUUCUACCAAAUGCUGGUCCAGCUGACAACAUUUGAUACAUACAAGUCUCAGUAUUUCACAAAUAUGUAAAUUUGUUGUUAAUCACAAAAAAAGGCUGAUCAAUUUGUUGUCUGUCAGCGAUAUACCCUUCUCAGCCUUCCUCAGAAUCUGUAACAAACAGUACAUUAAAACUUGAGCAUUACAUAUUUCCUUUUAAGAAAAUGUGCUGUACAAAAUUCCUGAAAAGUUGGCUGGCUGCAUGUGAUUUAAUUUCUCUAAUGUCAUUUUAACAUGACAUUAGUAAUUGCAACAUGCUUGAUGAAUGGGCUUGUGAAAGUGAAUACAAUGCUGUGCAAGAUGUUUUUUUUUUUGUCAUUUUUAUUUACCAUGUUAAAUACAAACAAUAAGAGACCUCACUAAAAUGUUUAGAAGAUCCUGUAAUCUUGUAUUUUUUAUACUUUCAACAUAUGUGUGUGUAUUUAUAAACCAUGUCCAAUAAAUGGAACGGGAACUGCCUUC